AAGAAAUAUUAUCCUUUUAAGCAUUUUCUCUCUUUUUCUUUGUUUACUCAUUACAGUCUCAAUUUUCCACUUAUACAGAGAGAGAUGCAAACUUGACCUAGGGUUUCAUUACCCCUCUUCCCAAAUUCAGGUUUUUUCUCCAUUUUUCCUGUUAUAUGCUAUUGCUCUUCCCAAUUUUUCAAUCAUUGCCAUGUGAACCCUAAUUUCCUUAUUUCAUAUACUCUUCUUCAAUCAUGCAACUCACAGAGUAAGCUUUGGAACUUCGAUUUGAGCAUUACCCAUCUAUUCUUAAUCUUCAAGCAACGAAUUGGGACACGAAAGUUUCCAAAUUGAAGACAAAAACAUCUUGCUACUGUAGCUGGUGUUUUGUCUUCGGCUUUUGGCUUCUCCAGAUUGGGGUUGCAGAAUCGAGAUUUUCACAUCACUUGAGAGAGAGAGAAGGUUGGAUCAAGGGUGAGAGUUGCUGAUAUUUGAGGAUGGUUACUUAUGGUAAGAAGGUAAAUUGAUUAGUAGAGAGUGGUAUGGAAGAUUGAUCUGUUUUGAAUUUUGAUAUACUUAGAGAUUACAAUAUGGAGGAUGAGAGUGGGCUUGAGCUCAGCUUGGGUUUAUCUUGUGGUGGCUCAUCAGCCAAACCCAAGAGUAAGAGUGGUAGUUCUUCUGAUACUAGGGCAGAAGAAGUUGGUAGAGGUGGCAAAAUGGUUGAUGACUUUAAGAGCAUGUUUGAUGCUGGUCCUCAGAAGACAGAACCUAUCACUGGGACUCGAAGAACUGAUUCCUCAAAGCCAGAGGAGAAUUUCUUUAGUGACCUUUCAAAGGCCAAAGAAGAUAAUGCUUCUUUGAAUUUAAAUGGGAGAGGAUUUCUUGUUACAAACAGUAAUAAACCUAUUGAAAUUGAGGAAGAUAAACGGUUAGAUGCAACAAAUAAGCGAAAAAUGUCUUUUGACGAGAUGCGAAAUCAAAAGAAGCAUGACAGUGAUGUUCAUCAUGGGGAUUUACAAGAAAGGGCAAGAACAUCUCAUGUUUCUGUAACAGAAGAUGGUUCAACUGCAGAAAAUGAAGAUGUGGCAGACUCUGAAGCUGAGAACUCCACCUCCAGGCCUAUCUCACAUCACAGCGAUGGUUCCAAAGGAUUUGUCAGAGUGGGUGCUUCUUCUGAUGCUGUGAAAGAGGUUCGUGGAGUUGCUGACUCAAAUGCUGCUGACUUUAGUGGGCAGAAGAGGUUUACUGGGUCAUCAGAAAAAGAUUUUAAGCAUGCAAACAUGACUUAUGGAACUUCAUUUUCUGUUCAACCUGUAAAUAUGAUGAAUAUACCUUACCCUUCUCAAGUAAAAGAGUCCAGUUCUGUUGGGGCACCAAGCCCUCAGAUACCUGGAGUGAUGCAUGUGAUGCCUACUGCCACUGGUGAAUCCUCAGGAGCUCAAUCUGUGAAUAAUGGAAACUUGCCGGUGAUGUUUGGAUAUCCUCCUGUUCAGCUUCCCAUGUUGGAGAAGGACAACACGUGGGGUUUGGUUUCUCGUCCUCAACAAUUACACCCUUCCUUUGUUGGGAGAGGUCCAACAAACCCAGCUGCACUGCAAGUAAUCUCGAAUAGUAUAUCCGAGGCUGUGCCAUAUGAAGGGAGGCCAUUAGAGCGAACCAAAGGAGACAGUAAACAGCGCAUCACUGAAGAAGGAUCAUCUUCACAACCUGAAGAUGUGAAAGGCAGCAGCACAAACCUCAGGGCCAAAGAUGUUUCAGAUCAGUCAAUAGGGGAAGGUUCCACCAUUGAUUUUUCAAAUAUUAAGCCGGGUCUUGCUGCAGAUGUGAAAUUUGGUGGAUGUGGUUCCUACCCAAAUCUUCCUUGGGUAUCCACCUCAGGUUCAGGCCCGAAUGGAAGAACAAUAUCUGGUGUUACUUACAGAUACAGCACUAACCAAAUCAGAAUUGUCUGUGCAUGCCAUGGUUCUCACAUGACCCCUGAUGAGUUCGUUCGCCAUGCGAAUGAAGACCAAGCCACCCCAGAAGGAAAUGCAAUUUUGGGGACAGUAGCAAAUGGCAAUCCUGGUGCCUCUUCUCACAGCUAGAGCCUUGUACCCAUUAAGUUGUUGUACCUUUUACUAUUUUAGUUCUCAACAGGAGAAUCAGGGAAAUCGGGCUCAUAAUUUUUGUAUAGAUGAUUGAGAUUCCUACCAAUUUUCUGUACACACUUUCAUAACAUAUUUGGCUAUUUCACUUUAUUUAUUAUGUAAUAAUGGCCCAGCAUCAUCUGUUAUAUUGAAGUGUUAUGGAUCAAUAGUAUUACUAGUAAUGCUGUUUUCUGAUUGC